ACGAUGUUGUUGAGUCCCUUUUGUUGACUCGAAACGGCUGCUCCUGGAUCAGGCUGACUGAUUGAAGUCAGUAGUAGCAGGCGAGACGGACACCAUUUAGCAGUAUCCGCCAACACAAAAAAGAAGCCAGGGUAACGGCCGUAGAACAAACGGCUACCGGAACGGUUGACGUCGGCCACUGGCAGUGUCCCAUUGUGUUGUUGUGUAUCUUGAAUUUCCGCUGAAAUAAGCAUCAAACAGAGCAGGAUUAGACUCGGUAAGAUCAAGCCGGGUCGGCGCCUUCACGUCGAGCGGACCAGUGGCGAUGUCCGGUGCUUCCUGUGGUUCAUGCGGUGAUAACAACAACAGGGCCACAACAGCAACGGGGGCAGCGGCGGCGACGGCAAUACCAGCAGCGGCAGCGGCGGCAGUUUCAAGUGUAGACGUAGGAGGCAGCACCAGCAGCAGUAGUAGCAGCAGCAACAACAGCAGCAGUAAUAGCGCAAUGGGUCUUCCUGAGGUUGUGCCCGAGGUGUUUCAGCUAGGAUGCGUUGUGUCUAUCGAAAGCCCCUUCAACGAACGAUUUAACGGUGAAGUAAUCGCAUUUGAUGACAAACACAAGGCACUGUUACUGAAAAGUAGCUCAGGAGGCGAUAAUCAGCGAAAAACAACGGACGUGCGUUUGGUAAACAUGCUUUAUGUGAGUAAGAUGAACAUCGAAAGGGAAGCUCCUGCACACAAUAGCGCUCCCCUUCCUCCAGCACAGGUUAACAUCGAAAAGGUAAAAUCACGUAUGAUGAAGCAUGUGGAUGAACGCCGAAAGAUGGCGUUGGCAAUCGCAAAGGGUGUCUCCUACGACGGCUUAAGUCUUUUCCUUGCCAUUCGAAAAACAAUCGAAGAAGUAACGUGGCAUGAGAAAGACAUACUCGUGAUGAACUCGGUGCGCAUCCAACCGCCAUAUCGGCCGGAAAACUGUGUUCCCUCCAACGAAGCGCAUUCAGCGGAGCACCAAUCAGUUGCGCACAUACGAAACAUUGUCGAGAAACACCUUAAGGAUAUUCGAAAGGAACAAGAUAGCCGGGGGAAUAAAGAUGGACCAACAGGAGGCCUGUAAACGAUGCAAAUACAAACAGGGUUGCGAAUGCUACGGAAGCGGAUAGGCAACAAACUUAUGCAAAAUAAAUUAAUUUCUUCAAAUGCUGUUCAGUGUUUAUCAAAAAGCUCUAAGUAUGUACUAAAAAGACCGCUGGCACGCAGAAUGGAUCGUUAAUCGGUUGACAAUGCACUGACUGCGUUGGUAGUAGAAGACAAUAAUUCGUUGGUUGAACCUGCUUCUGUGGAAUGAGCGACCAGUCCAUGAAAAAUUCCGGAAUAUAAGAACAUCUUAUUUUAGUUAU